UCCUACAGUAUCUUGAAGAUGCUUCAAAAGGAAAAGGAUUCCCCUGAAGCUGGAAAGAUCUUCCUGGGCACAUACAAGGGAAGAUACAAACAGAGUGGUCAGUGUUUCCUGAGGAGAAGCACGGAGCUUGGAGUGAUACUGGAGGAGUUGCCCAAGAAGAGAACCAGAAGUUGGCAGAGAAGUCGAUGAGGUCAUGCUUCCUGGUCUAGCAUACAGGUGUGUCAGGGGAGACAAAUCAUUGCACAGAUACCACCUGGCCCUCACUCAUGUGUACUAGGGAGGGAUUAUACCAGUUCUUCCAUCAGUUGCCCAUUAGCACCAGAUAGCCGAAGUGACUGGUCAGAAUAUGUGUGGGGGCCACCAGGAAAGAGCCCUCCCUUUCUUUGUUCUCUGUUCUCGAACAUGGAGAGAUGGAAACUGCCACUGCACGGCAAGAGUCUGUUGGAGAAUAGAGCCAACACAGAGAAAGAGGAUCCAAGAGAUGGAGAAGGAGAAAUUGGGUGCUGAAGACAUUUGAGCCUGGAUCAAGCUAUUCUUGGAGCUAAACCUACCACCAGAUUCUCAAGUUAUGGUAAGAAAUGGCAUUUCAAAAGGCAGUGAAAGGGACUAUUCUUGUUGGAGGAGGUGCUCUUGCAAGUGUUUUAGGCCUCUCUCAGUUUGCUCAUUACAGAAGGAAACAAGUGAACCUGGCCUAUGUGCAAGCUGCGGAGUGCGUUUCAGAACCUGUUAACAGGGAGCCUCCCUCCCGAGAAGCUCAGCUACUGAGUUUGCAAAACACAGCGGAAUUUGAUAUCCUCGUCAUCGGAGGUGGAGCAACGGGAUGUGGCUGUGCCCUGGAUGCUGUCACCAGAGGACUAAAAACAGCCCUUGUAGAAAGAGAUGAUUUCUCAUCAGGGACCAGCAGCAGAAGCACUAAAUUGAUCCAUGGUGGUGUGAGAUAUCUUCAGAAGGCUAUCAUGAAGUUGGAUAUUGAGCAGUACAGGAUGGUAAAAGAAGCCCUUCACGAGCGUGCCAACCUACUAGAAAUUGCUCCCCAUUUAUCAGCUCCGUUGCCUAUAAUGCUUCCUGUUUACAAGUGGUGGCAGCUACCUUAUUACUGGGUAGGAAUCAAGCUGUAUGAUCUGGUUGCAGGAAGCAAUUGCCUGAAAAGCAGUUAUGUCCUCAGCAAAUCGAGAGCCCUUGAACAUUUCCCAAUGCUCCAGAAGGACAAACUGGUAGGAGCAAUUGUCUAUUAUGACGGACAACACAACGAUGCACGGAUGAACCUUGCCAUUGCCCUCACUGCUGCCAGGUACGGGGCUGCCACAGCCAAUUACAUGGAGGUUGUGAGCUUGCUCAAGAAGACAGACCCCCACACGGGGAAAGAGCGAGUGAGCGGUGCACGGUGUAAGGACGUGCUCACAGGGCAGGAAUUUGAUGUGAGAGCCAAAUGCGUUAUCAAUGCUACGGGACCUUUCACAGACACCGUGCGCAAAAUGGAUGAUAAGAACGCCGCAGCUAUCUGCCAGCCGAGCGCUGGUGUCCACAUUGUGAUGCCUGGUUAUUACAGCCCAGAGAGCAUGGGACUGCUUGACCCAGCAACCAGCGAUGGGCGAGUAAUUUUCUUCUUACCCUGGCAAAAGAUGACAAUAGCCGGCACUACCGACACUCCAACGGAUAUUACACACCAUCCCAUCCCUUCGGAAGAAGAUAUCAAUUUCAUUUUGAACGAAGUGCGUAACUACCUGAGUUGUGAUGUUGAAGUGAGAAGAGGGGAUGUCCUGGCAGCAUGGAGUGGUAUCCGUCCCCUUGUUACAGAUCCCAAGUCUGCAGACACUCAGUCCAUCUCCAGAAAUCAUGUUGUGGAUAUCAGUGAGAGCGGCCUCAUCACUAUAGCAGGUGGGAAGUGGACAACGUAUCGCUCUAUGGCAGAAGAUACCAUAAAUGCUGCUAUCAAGACUCACAAUCUGAAAGCAGGGCCAAGCAGAACGGUUGGGCUUUUCCUUCAAGGAGGCAAAGAUUGGAGCCCCACACUCUAUAUUCGGCUUGUCCAGGAUUAUGGCCUUGAAAGUGAGGUUGCACAGCAUCUGGCCGCCACCUAUGGGGACAAGGCUUUUGAGGUGGCCAAAAUGGCAAGUGUAACUGGAAAAAGGUGGCCUAUAGUGGGAGUGCGUCUUGUGUCAGAAUUUCCAUACAUUGAAGCAGAGGUGAAAUACGGGAUUAAGGAGUAUGCCUGCACGGCAGUGGAUAUGAUUUCACGGCGUACUCGCCUGGCUUUCCUAAAUGUCCAGGCCGCAGAGGAAGCCCUUCCCAGGAUUGUUGAACUGAUGGGCAGAGAACUGAAUUGGGAUGAUUAUAAAAAAGAGGAGGAACUUGAAACAGCCAGGAAGUUUCUGUAUUAUGAAAUGGGCUAUAAAUCUCGAUCAGAACAGUUAACAGAUCGCUCUGAAAUUAGCCUACUGCCUUCAGACAUCGACAGGUACAAGAAGAGAUUUCAUAAGUUUGAUGCAGACCAAAAGGGCUUUAUUACUAUUGUUGAUGUUCAGCGUGUGUUAGAGAGUAUCAAUGUCCAAAUGGAUGAAAAUACACUACAUGAAAUUCUGAAUGAAGUAGAUUUAAACAAAAACGGACAGGUUGAACUCAAUGAGUUUUUGCAGCUGAUGAGUGCUAUUCAGAAAGGAAGGGUGUCUGGAAGCCGGCUUGCUAUACUCAUGAAAACUGCAGAAGAGAACCUCGAUAGAAGAGUCCCCAUUCCAGUGGACCGAAGUUGUGGAGGAUUGUGAGUCUGGGCAGUAAAUCCACAGCCAACAAACACGGGAGCAACAAAUCAUCACGUAAAACCAGAGAUGACUUAACACCACUCCAAAAUAGUGGAUAUGGAUAGCUGCCUUUUUUUUUUUUUUUUUUAACACUGGGAAACAUUCCAAAGCUUUAGGAUGUUGGUGUAUACCCUUUAUUUGUAUUCGCCAUUCAAUCUAGCUUCUAAAGAGUGCAUUUUAUCUUUUUUUCUCAUUUUCAACGCACAUGGAUUUAGUGUUUUGCAUCCAUUUUGUAACCUGUUAGACCAGACAUACUCCCUUUUUUGUUUGUCUAUUCAUUUAUUCUGAAUCACUCCUAGAGGCCGAAUAUUUUGGCAGAAAUUGAAAAAAAGAAGCUGGAAAAAUUUUGUGAUGUGCACAAAGCUCUGGGCAUUAAGCACGUAGAUAGUAUUUGUUCCUAAAAGAAAUCGAGCAGGGAGUGACCUAUUGAAACAAUAGUGUUUCUGGAGACUGCUCAGCUCCUCCUUCCUCGAGACCUUCUGCCUUCCUCAUCUGAACAGUAUCGUGCAAUUUUAUAUCUAGAGUAUGACUGGCAAAACUGGAGAGGGGAGACAGCGUUUAGAUCUGGUUACAGGAGCAAGUCUCAAAGAGAAACUCUGAAAGCUUCCAGAAUCACAGGUGUAAGAUAAGGAUAGCACUGACAUUUGCUGGGAGUUACGGUGAUAGUUUCGUGUCAGCAAUUCGCUUUUUCUCCCCAGUCACUGCUGGUUUUUCUUUGACUCUUAGAGUUGCCAGCAAGAUUCUUGCUUUUCUUAUUUUAAAACAAGCAUUUAAGUGGCAAGUUGGAUGUAAUGGGAUGAGACUAAAUUUCUCAACUCUUUACAGUGGUAAUCAAGUUAAGGAUUAAAAAUCUGCGUUUGUAUAUCCACAUAUGACAGCACAGUUUUCAAUCCCCAAAUCCUAGGCUGUGGAGCAUGUGCUGUUGUCAAACAUGGCCAAGUUUGCUUAGUUUAUUGCAUCAUUUUGGGGGAGUAAUUUUAAACAGAGAGCAAAAGAGGAUAGAAAUAACCUUUAGUUAACUUUAAUUAUAAUUAUUUGUAAAAAGGCACAGCGCUGCAAUAUUCAAGGUCAUUUUGGUUGCUUAAAGCCUUUCUCUUUCAGUACGCAAUGGGAAAGUCCUCAACCAAAAAGAAAAAGAAAAGGAAUAAAACCACGCACAACACACGCCCACACACACAUACCCCGCACGCAUAGAGACACAAAACAAAAACAAAACUAAAUCUGCGUUGAAUUUAACAACAACAACAACAAAAAAAUGCAUUGAAUUUAAAGGGCCAAUUUGGUAUGCUUUUGCAAUACUUCAGUAGCAUUUUAACCAAUCAUCUGAAUAUUUAUCCUCUUGUGAAGCUAACGAUCUGCUUUUUUAUUUUCUAAGAUUAGGUUGUGUAUAUAAUCGGGAAUAUAACCCUUUAUUUAAUGGCAGACUUGAGUUGCGCAGACUUCAGGUCUUAGUUUUUUUUUAACUGGUACGCAAAACACUUUCGUGCUGUCAUUUCUGUCAACGUCGUAGAAAACCUUUAUGCCUCAUUCAAGUCGGGUAUGAGCCUAGAUGUCAUAAUACAAACACUGGAGUUUCGCUCACCUAAGCCCCCGCCCCACUUCAAACCAUUCAUUUA